AGAUAAAGAAAUGACAAACGCCUUGGAUUCGUUUACUACAUCACUGACAUAUCUUCAUCCUUGUUAUAAUCCAGUAUUGUUAACUCAGAUCUGUCAUGCUCUUGUGUUAUGUUAUGGUUUGAAAAGUCCUGAGAAAGCAGCUGUCUACCAGAACAUGGUAAUGGCGACUACAUUACGCCACCAAACCCUGAAUCGUUCCUCUAAAAAGAUCAGGUAAUCAUUUGUCGUAGGCCUACAUCACGCCUCCAAAUUAGUUGAAGGGAUAUGGCAAUAAAAAUUUAGUUUUCCCUACUUGAAGAACUCUUAAGAUAAUAUAUAAAGCUCCUUUACAUAUUUCAGUUUCAUGUCUUGCUUAAUCGUUGAAAUAUUUUGACUGAAAACAAUGAUUUGUUCGCCAUCUUUGCAAUGGCAUGUUUGUCAGGGAGGCCGCCUCAAAAUUUCAUACCCAACGUUAAAUAUUUCAAAAAUAUGAGAAUCUUGAGAAUCCUAAACUAAUUUAGAAAACAUGCAUCAAGGGUCUGAUCCUAUUAAAGGUAAAUACAGAUGCCAAAAAAGGUCACUAUCAGGGGAAUCCAUACUCUCCCAGAAAAUUCUGAAAAUCAGGUGUCCCCAGAUUGGCUGGCUAAAAUGCAUUUGCCAUACGUCAUUCGUUCAUCAUUCUAUAGUCUAAUACAUUUAUACACUAUCGCACUAUUAAGAUGGAUGCACUUACAAUUGAUUUUUCCUCCGACACUCCCCCCCCCUCCCCUCUACAAUUUUUUUCUUUCUUGGGAAAAUAUUUUCUGGGAACUCAACAAAUUUUGUGGUAGCAAUCGUCCCGUGGUCCGAUACGUUUUCCACCCCUGAAAACUACAGUGUAAAAAUUUACCCUGAAGGUUUAAAAAUCUCAAUUUUACAGUGGUUGCUAAGGACAAAUGCAACUGACUAAUAAGAUACGAUUUUACCGAAGGCUAUAUAUUUGUGAUUGGCUGAAACAAUCGGUAGUGAAUUGUUAAAAUUUAUUACUGCAUAUCUAUUUGAAAAAGUAAUGUCUAAUUUUUUACAAGAUUUCAAAGGCCCUGCAGGAGAUGUGUGUGAUCUUCUCGUGAAGGAGGCAGACAUAAAAAAGACCUCAGGACCUGGGACCCAGUCUGCACUCGAACUGAGAUGAAAAUUGGAAGAAUAUCGUUUUGUAGAUGAUGAUGCUUUGCUACUAUAUUGUUACAAUUUCUACUUGACUUGUUAUUUUUUAGAAAGGGAAAAGAUAAACAAAUAAAAGACGGAAAGGAUGUAAGUUUCGUGCAAACACGCACGCCUAAACUCGAAAUGAAUAAGAACAAAUAAUAAAUAUAUAACGAAAACGUUUAUUUUAAGAGCGACUUUUUGUUGUUUCCUUUCUUGAUUUCUCUCACUUUCGUUGAUCUGUUCACAUGUGUCUCCAUGUGGAACUUGCUGGUGGAAAAUGAUUUCUUCAUUCAAUGUUCUCUACUCCUUUUGAGAUUUUUGUCGAGCGCUUUUAUAACAUGAGCCAUUUUCUAAUAUUGAUAGUCGUAAUAAUUUUAUACAUACUUUAGGAUUUUGCUUGUAAAAUUUAUUGUAAUUCAGUCUACCCAGGUUUAGACUAAUAUAACGAGUUUUAAUAAACCUAAGGAUGUCUUUAUAGGACGAGGAUGAACUUCUGAAGUUACUGGAUUCAACAAGGUUGGAUAAAGACGAGAGAAAGGGAGUGAAUCAAAUGUUGCAUUUACAGACCAUUAAGAACACAGUUGGUUUUAGGACAUCUGCUGGCGAUAUUUCGGAAUCGUUUAAAAACACCAUUGAGUUACUACCAGAAGGUAAGUAAAAGACAGUGACAGUUUAGGAUCAACAAAACAUAUUCCAAUGAACGACGUCUUAUAAUAUUACUACUAUACUAUUUGUAGUUAUAUACUAUUUGUACCUAUAUUGUAUGCUAGUUGUACUUCUAAAUCCCAUUAACUAUAAUAUUUCGGUUUUAUUUCAAAACCAUCAUCAGACAGUCCAUACUAAGUGAAAUACUACUUGAUGUUUCUAGAUUUAACUGUGUGUACUUUGUCCAUCGUGCAAGCACCUGACAGGGAAAACAUGAAACAUCUUGUGAUAACGAGGCUCAGGAAAAAUAAUGAAUCGCUAUUUUUAAUAAUAACUUUACCAAAUGAGGAAGAAGAGGCUGACUGUAUGGAGCAAGAAUUUCAGGUAUCACCAUAACAGAUUUUUAUCAUUUAUGUACACUGCAAAAAACUUGUAAUGAGUAACAUAAUGCACUCUCUACAACUCAAAAUAUUGAGUACAAAUGUACAAUUACUUAAACUUAUGAUCAAAUUUACUAUAAAUUGUUUGAGUAAAGUAAAUCUUUACUCCAAAAUUGAGUAAAUUUGUCAUAAAUUUGAAUAAUUUUACUCAGAAUUUUGAAUCACUGUGGGUGCAUUAUUUUACUGGGGGAUUUUUUUCAGUAAAAGCACGUUGUUGAAAGGAGCAACCGUUACUAUAUGUUGCAUCAUAUUUUAUGCUUUGACUUAUGCGCAUCAGCCAGUUUUUGUAUAACGUUUUUAACGCAUUGCACAUGCACAUUCGUUGUAUAUUUUAGUUGUUUUAAUUAAGAUUGUCAUCUCAAUGUCAAAACUACAAACUCUUACACAAUGGCAUUCACCUACAGUAUUCUAAAAAAUACAAAACAAUGGACACUCCGAAAACAGUUAAUUCGACGUUUCGAAAAAGAUUCUUAACAAGUGUGGAAUAUUAGAUAAAUCUAGACACUGGUCCUUAUUACUUUUCAAAGAGCCUCUCGAGCUAUAUUCACCGCCAGAAACCGGAACUUAACCACGGAUGCAAAGCUUCAAAAGAACUCGUAAUCUUUAGUUAACUUAGCAUAUCAUUUGUCAUUUGAUCUUGUAUAUAUAACAUGUAUAUUUUUCCGUCAUUCCUGAUGAUGACUGCAAUAUAGUCGAAACGUCGAAUUAAAAAUGUUAGCUGUUUUCGGAGUGUCCAUUGUUUUGUAUUUUUUUCAAUUACUCAGUGGUAACCGUUACAGUAUUCUAACCACGCAACUUUCUCACAUCAGAUGUUGCAUUUAUGCAGCUUCUUUACUGGGCAUAACUGUAGUAUAAGCAAGACUCGCGACACGUUUUUGGGAUAUUUUGGGCUGGGGGUAAGUUCCCCCUGUGUUUUUCAUAAUUAGGCUGGGAGGAGUAAUAUUGAUUUUGCUGCAUGUACACGCAAACUACUGAAUGCUUCUGCCUAUCCUGGAUCAAUAUUCAUUUUAUACAAACGUCGUUUUCGUCUUCGUUGUCACAAACUGGUAUUUCCACACUAUAAAAACAAACCCUUUUACCUUGGCUUGCACAUGACGUCACUACGUAUCAUUGAGCGCCAUCUUGGUUGAUCUUCAAGUUUAGUUUAGCCAUCUGCAGUGAAGUGGUCGAGUUUAUUUAAUAUUUCUGGUUUGUCUUUAGAAUAGUUUACUGUAUUAUGGAUAUUUUUACGGUUUCUGGCUCAAUAUGUCAAAGAAUGAAGAAAAUAAAUUUUAUGGUUGCCACGUGUUUUUGAAAAAUCAACCAAGAUGGCGUCGAUUGCAAACGAGCAAUAUAUAGCUGUACUCUGUGGUCAGACAUGCAUGGGUUGUACUGUGUCAGUCAGAAGCGCACUAGUGAUGAUAUCAUGGUACAAUUUACUGAAACUCAACACUUUCUUGUUUAGACUAAUGAUUCAGUGGUUCGAGAUCUCUCAUCAAUAUUCCGUAGAAGCAUCUUGAGUGAUUUCGCCGCAAUUAUGCGAGAGUUGAAUGAAAGUAUUAAAAUCAAGUCUAAACGUGAAUGGUGGAGCAGAAGGGAACAAGUUGACAACCAACUCGAGGUAAUUAAUGUGAAUACAAUUUAUUGUCUUGAUGAUGCGUUACUAUCGCUUGCUCCAUUAGUAAUGACUGACUUCCGGUUUCAUUUUUACACAAUAUUUACUCCAGGAUUUUUUGGUUUUUCACUCGAUUGAACUGAUGUUGAAGAAUUCUUUAGAUGGAAAUUUCAAGUGUAAAUUUUAUACAUUUAUUUAGACCUAACUACGAGCUGCGAAAAAUGCAACUAUAGGCGUCUGGCUCCUAAAAUCCUGAUAUUUACCCAUAUAUGGGUAUAUACCUUACAAUGGCAUCACCUUAGUAUUUAUACAUGAACUUGUAGUUAGAGCUCGACCACUGAACUUUGUAGCUCAGUUGGUUAGAGCACUGCAUCGGAAUUGCAGGGCCGCAGGUUCGAUUCCUGUCCGAGGGCAUAUGCUGUAGUUGCAUUUUUCGCGGCUGCUCCUGGUUAGGACUCAAUAAAUGCAUUAAAAAAUUGCAUUUGAAACUUGCAUCUACCAAAUCCUUCAAUAUUUACUCCAGUUAUAUUCCCAGAUCAGUAUUAAUAAAGCACUGCAACCAUGUGAUGUCAUACCUAUAUAGUUAUUCACCAUUGUGUUGUAUAUUUUUUGCUAAUUUUGAACGCAAUAUUAUAUGUUAAUUUUUCCUGUUCACCUAACCUCUUUAAAAGAGUUAUGAUAAAACAAACAAUAUGCUGAGUCUCUCGUUAGUCUAAUGUGAGUCUGUCUAAUGUGUGUAUAAUGGCUUAAUCAAGAGUGGUUAAAGUUUUCCGUUGAGCCAUGCCAUGUUCUUAGCAUAGCAGAAUAUGUUGUCUGCCUAGGAGAAUACUCAUAAUCAUGGAUGCACCUUUUGUUGUGUUUGCAAGGAAAUGAUCGGUUUCUCUCGUGUAUAUACAUAUUUACGCACGCGCUGUCCACGAUAAUUUUUGCUACAAUUGUAGGAGGACAUCGCUUCUACCCUGUUUCUCUUACGAUCGUUGAGCCAUGUUUCCUUCUCAUAUUUCAGAGGUUUGUCCAGAGAAUGGAAGAGACAUGGUUUGGAAGAUGGCGUGGGAUUCUCAGUGGACGACGUCUGGACGAGACAGACUGUUCUAGAUUGCACUCCUAUGUAGAGAGGACUCAAGAAAUGGCAGUUGAGAUAUUGGGAAGACGAAUACAGAAUGAACAGUUGCUGGAGGUAUAGAAAUUGAGUUUUGGAAAUUGAGUUACGCCAAUAGAGAGAUUAAGAUACCCCGAUUCACGGGUACGGGUAACGUCAUUUUGUUUAGAAAUUUGUAUCGAUGUAUGUGUAUUUACUCGUACUUACUGUACAUAUUCCUUCGCAGUAGACCAUAGUCUAUUGCCACAAACAGAAAACGUAUGAUCAAACAUGCAAACACUAGAGGAAGUUUCUAAAAAUGAUACUACCCGUACUCGUAAACUAGCUGGAACCUGUGUAUCAUAACCUCUGUAAUAUUUUCCACUUCUACCGUAGCAUGCAUUUCCCCAUUUAUGACAAGCAAAACCACGGUUAAGAAAACAAUACCAAAUUAAGCUGGUAUUUCAAGCUACUAACCUGGUAACGAAGGGCUCAGUUUUGCUCAGAACAUCUAAGUUUUUAGUCGUUUUCAGGUAGUUCAGACUCAAAACAUGGUAGUUGAAACCGUCGAAACUGAAUUUUUCUUACUUGUCAAAACGAGCAUUAUUUGUAAAGUGAACUGGCAAGAAAACUUAUUUUAAAUAUUUUUUAUAUUCAGGUUUUAACAGACAGCUUCUGCCAUCUUCAACCAAAUGAGGUGAUGAAAGCCUUGACUGAACUUACAGGAAUGCGAGCAAACUGUAAACAGCUUAUUAAAGUAAGAGGUUCAGGUUAUAUAUUCAUGUUUCAUGUACAGUGGGGUUAGGUAGGGAUAGACUAUUGACACGAGAUUGUGAUUUAGGUCAAGAUCAAAAGGGAAUAUCUUCGUGCGCGAAACAUAAGAAUACACGCUUCCAGAAAGUAUGUCACCUUGGCUCUACAGCCUCGUUUUCGUGAUUGAGACGCGAGGCUUUGACUAAUGCAUAGAAAUAAUAGAUAUAGAAUGCAUACUUGAUCACGGAAUCAUGUCUCCACUUUUUCUCAUGCGUGCCUUUUCAAAUGCGUCAUAUUGAAUUUGACUAGGAGUGAAAUUUACAAAGUAUAAAUAAAGCUAAGACUAACGCCCGUGUUCUAAAAGCUCACUCACACUCAAUGAGUGGAGGUUCAAUCUGAGCUUCUCUUGAGUGUCAGUGCUGUUUUUGAAUAGCUGGAGGGUUAGUGUCGUACCUUACUAUGUGACUACUCACCCUCCAGCUAUUCAAAAACAGCAUUGACACUCAAGAGAAGCUCAGAUUGAACCUCCACUUAUUGAGCGUGAGUGAGCUUUUAGAAUACGGGCGUAAGUUUUCAUUGUCCGAAAUUUUUUAUUUCCUGCCUAAUUUUCAGUUUGAGUAAAGGUUUAAAAAUAUUAGGUUCUUUGAAGGCUCGAAAGAAAAUUUAAAUGUUUAAAGCGCAUCAGUUGUGCACAUUUACAAGAACGGUAAAAAUCGAGCAGCCUUGUAGAAACAGUAAUUUCGCGUAAUCAUAAUUUACUCUUAAAACGUUUUUGCAUGCUCUAAGCAUCACUGUUUUGCUAUCUCGCGAAAUUACAAAAUGAUUCAUCGGGUUUCGUUUUUCUUCAAAGUAAAUUUUGUUUUGUUUUGGCUUUCACAACAACCUUGAAACUAGUUUAAACGAUGAUUUCUGUAUAUAUUCUGUUCAGAACUAUUGCUUUUCUUAAAAAACCCAUUGGAUUUUAAACGACGUUUAAACGAUGAUUUCUGUACAUAUUCUGUUCAGAACUAUUGCUUUUCUUAAGAAAUCCAUUUUUAGUCUCGAUAUUAAAUCCUUUUUCCAAACUUUGUCUUUGUAGAAAUUCAACAAUUCGCACUCCCCGCAACGGCGCGAAUUUUCCUGUCGCAGGAGUCUGGAGCGAGUCAAAAUGCCCUUUGAAAUCAGUUAUUUUGUGGAGACAAAAUUUUUACCGAGAAAAGAUAGGAGUACGCAUUCUAUAUCUAUUGUUUCUAUAUGGACUAAUGUCACAUACACGAGAACGAGGCUCUAUAGCCAAAGUGACGUAAUUUCCGAGAGGGCGUAUUCAUGCAUGCUUGACUAGGAAUGUUUUCGUUUUUCUUCUUGACUCAUCAUUACUUGGUUGCAUGACUUAAAUAUAGAUGAGCAUUUGCGUUUAAAUUAAGAAAACUAUAAGCAAAGCAAUAUUGCAAUGACUAGAAUCCAGUCCUGGUCCAGGGAUAAGUAUGUUCCAUUGCCUUUUCAUGAACAUUGAAUUUUGAAAAUCCCACUCUCUUUGCCAUUCUGUACUCAUUUUAAAAUUAUUCUUCAAGGUGUAUUAUUGUUCACACGUUUUAUAAUCCAACAAAUAAAUCUGAAUCAAUGAUAUUUUACUGCUACUGGAAGUUUACGGGUAAAUUUCAAAAUAUAUAUUUUUUAUUAUGUAGUUCUCCAAGGCUUUAUCAAACUUCCUCGAUGACAAUGAGAGGUAUUGUAAUUUUAUUUCCAGAAACAACAUCUUUUAUGUAUAUGUUGAGGUAUUGAAGCCAUAAACGAUUUCUUCCAACAAGGGUGGAUCUAAUAUACUCUUGAAUUCCAUAAUUCAUGAAAACUUCAUCUUGUGCAUAUAACAAAACAAUUUUUCAAUGAGUCCGCGUGACACAGUGUUUUGUGGCCCUUGAACAGCUCGAUAAUGGUCUCACGCUGUUUUCCUCGCAGCAUCAACUAAGCGUUUUCACAUAAAUUUUGGAUUUUCCGUUUCAGUGUUGACAAUGCAAUUGGUGUUAAAAGAGGUCCAGUGGUUUUAAUCUUAGAUAAGGUUGGUUUGUUUUCUACCAGAAAACGAUAUCAAUCAAUACACGCUUCUGGAAAGUUCGUCACCUUGGCUAUAGAGGCUCGUUUUCGUGAUUGAGACGCGGACUUUAACAGAUGUCACAUACACGAAAACGAGGCUCUAUAGCCAAAGUGACGUACUUUCCGGAAGCGUGUAUUGUGACAAAAUGGCAUAUCGUUAUGUUACGGUCUUAGGCUUGGUUACAUGGAUGUGGUCAAGAACGAAGAAAAAAAUAUUUUCGUAUCUAAAGUUGUCUGUUAAUAUCGUUUGUUAUGUUACUCGCACUCGUAUAUUUUUCUUUGUUCUUGAUCCAAAUCACAACCCUAACCUUAACGGUCUUGCGUGACCGUGACAUAAUGAUAUAACCGAGAAAUAUGGGGAGCACGGGUGGUACAGAUGUAAUUAGCACGCUGUCCAUUACUCCGAUCGAAGAUAAGGAUUAUAGAUCGGGUAACUUCCCUGUGACGCAGUACAGUUCCGUAAUGGUUAGUUCUCUCUGCUUAAUUUUUCGAAGGAUUUUCUCCGGAUCCUAUGGUUUUCCUCCCUCACUAAAAGAUGACCCUUACACCCCCACCCCCCUCCCUUACCCCCGUUUGCACUAGAGCAAAAGAAGAAAUAUUUUAGUACCGGAUUCAUGUUGCCGUGUACACACCACAGCAAAGAAUCCAAUAAGAAAUCAUCUCUGUUUUUGAGCCAUAUCGGGAAACUUUGAAUCCGGGAAAAAGUAGAAACUUUGUUUCCGUAAAAAUUGAAUCCGAGACAAUUCGCCGUGUAAACGGUAACCUCCAUGAAUUUGAAACCUUUCCGGUUCCGAAAUAUCACAUACUCGAACCGACCUGACCGCGUAGCUCAGUUGGCAGAGCAUUGGGCUGUAUCCAAAGGUCGUAGGUUCGAUUCCCACCGUGGCCAGGCAUAUUUUUCAAGCUUGCCCGGUGUGGAUAUACACUAAGAGUAACAUCACAAGCAACAUAUUCGCCUGAGUACAUUACACCAACAUAGAAAAAUAUCAAGGUUUUGUUUGUUUCUCAUCCAGUGUAAACACUUGUAUGUGAAGACCAUGCAGUGUUCAAACUGUUGUAGUGAAACGGUUAACGUAUCCGAAAUCUUUUGCUCCAAGUGUAAACGAGGUCUAGACACUCUCACUUAAUGAUCCGCCCGUUUUAUGUGAAGAAACGCUCAGAAAAUGAAACAUACUAAAUUAUAAUGGGAUCAGGGUGAAGUGAACCAAUUCAAACAUACUCUUAAACUCUGGUCAACCCAAAGACUCAUCAAGCAUUAUGUUUUUAUCUCGAGGGGGUUUAUUUUUUAUUCUUAUUUCUGUUUUAAUUUGCUUUCAAAUUAACUAAAGUCAAAUUUAUAAUUAAUGAUUACUGGCUUUAUGCUUGCUUUUGUUUUUGCAUAUGUCUAUAAAUUUGAAUUUGUAUCUGUAUAAUCAUUGUGCACCAUGACCUUAAACCCAAUGUUGACCCACAGUGGCUCGAAUACUUUAAUAAGGUUAUCUGACUUCGAUUAGUGUUAAAGCUACUUCAGAUAUCCUGUGCCAACUCUGUUUUAAUAAUGUGUGGAAAAAAUUUGUAAUUAUGUAUUUUUGACUGGUGCGAAUAAAUUCUUCUUCUAUCUAAGACCCGCUAGGGGAGACUGAAUGCAAAUGGACCGAACCAAGGUGUUGUAAUCCCCUUGGACAGUUAUUAAGAUUCGACUGAUUAUAUUUACAAUAAAUAACUUGACUCUAUGGGCCUGAAGUUGACCAUUGCCAUUGGGGAUCACUUCUACCUCGAACCAAAAUUUAUUUUCAACAUGAAAAACAACUUGUUAUCAAGGUUUUUAAUUAAUAAGGCCUUUUUCUAAACAUGGUAUAGCAAUGAGGUAAAACUAGACCAAAUAGGUGAAAAAUAAUUAGUGAAAUUCUUGUUUUAGAGUAUACAACAUCUUCCAUUCGAGGCCAUGCCAAUCCUUCGUGAUCAACAAGUUUCAAGAAUGCCUUCACUUGAAUUUAUCAAUGCUUAUCUGAGUUUACAAAAAAUAACGGUAGGUUUCGUCAUAUGAAGACUAUAGUAAUCUGUAGUAGGUUAUUAGACCGGUACCCGUUGUGCGAAGACCUCAUAGCGUUAUCCACCGGAUAGUGAUUUUUUCAACCUUUGUAAAAAUGCUUGAGGAGCUUAAAACUACCGAUGUGGACCACGCAAUUAUAAUAAAAAGAAACUUUAAUUUAUAAAUACUAAAGUUUAAUAUAUAGCAUAGGUUAUACAAAUCAACAGCAAGUUUUAGAAAGCAUGGAAAAAUCACUAUUCGGUAGAACUAUCCGGUGGAGAGUCCUAUCCUGGAGUGUCGAAACAUUGGGAAGGGUAUGUAAUAUAAUGGAAUACCAAGGGUAGGGAGCGAAAACAUGUUUGAUCUUAUACCUGGUUUCAAUGAACUCAAACAUUGAGGUUCAUUGUUAAUUAUUCUUGCAUCUCAUUACAGAAGUCACGCGUGGACACCAGACAGACCUUUUAUGUCCUGAAUCCACAAGAUAAUCUUCCAAAUACCGAGAAGAAAUUUUCUGAUUGGUUCUUAUCGUAAGUGACGUCAUCUUAGUUAUCCGUAAUUUAUAAAACCCUGUUAGCCAUAUUACCCAUGGGGCUUCGGUGGCGCAGUCGUCAGAGUAAGUGACACUUAUGUAAAAAAAGACAGUCAACACUUUACCGAACCACAGAAUAGAUACAGGACCAGAAGUGUCACUCAGACGAUAUUUUGUCCGAAAUUUUACGAGUGCUGACGUGAAAAUACGCCAUCAUAUGACGCCAUCCUGGAGUGCACACGGAAGUUUUUCAUAGGAAAACAUAGGUACAAAGUGCCGGGUGCACUCCAGGAUGGCGUCAUAGCAAGCAAAAAAUUUCGGACGUUUUCCUUCAGCCAAAACAAAUAGGAGUGACACUUCUGGUCCAGUAUCUAUUCUGUGACCGAACGUACUCCGGUUUCCUCCCACCGGGACUAUUGACAAGAUGGAUUGGGAUAAUUCCAAAUUAACCCUUCUACCUUAGCUGUGCUCUGUGAUCAGACGUGAGUCAUGGGAGCCAUUCCAGAGACGCCCCUUGCAAGACUUCGACUUGAUCAGGUUGAGCUGCAAUCCUUGUAAUAUACAGCUUAGCUCUCAGCUGGAUGAGAUAUAAUAAGAGACUUGAUCUUUCAGUAUCAAUUUCUUGAUAUUUAAAAUGACAUCACUUAACUUUGGUAUUACUAGUCAUCUAAUUUAAGGUCAAUGUGUACGUUUCAGUGAGAAAGGAUGGAAAGGCGUGGUUGGACGAGCACCUUCUGCUGAAGAGUUCAAAGAAGCCCUUGCAAAUCAUCAGCUCUUUAUGUAAGUAUCACGCCGUCGAAAGUCAUCAGUGCAAUGAAGAUCCGGGUGAAGGCUUUGCCAAAUUAAAAUAAAUGGUAUUUUCACAAAACCACACAAUUAUAUUAUUUUACCGUCGAAACAUAGCAGGAUUUUGUUACGGCAUUUGCGUCCAAAAUAGAGACCGUACGAUUUUAGGACGACGACGGCCAAAACAAAUUCCUUCAAAUAAAUGGUAGUAAAGAUAAUAUUAUCAAUCGUAUUAAUUUAAUACAGUUUUAGAAGUUGAAGACAUGGGUUUUAUGGUUGGGAAGAGUUCUGCUGAACUCAGUUUGAAGUUGCACUUAUUGCGGCUUGAAAUGCAGCCGUUGUAUCAAGACGUGAAAAUCUGUGAUUUGGUGUUGUAAACAGAGCGAGGACAAUGUCUAAAUUAUUCAUAUAUUCUAAUCAUUCAAUUUUUCAAUGAUUUAUUGUAUUAGCCGUUGCCGUCGCGUUGCCGUCCUAAAUCGUAAGGUUUCUAAUAUGCAAGAAGCGCGGCCAGCAAUAAUAGACCUAAUUAGGGGCUGAUUACAUGGAGAGUUCUCAGCCUAGGCUAGCUUGCAUGGCAGGCGGUCCCUAAAAUCGGGCAAGCCUGACCGCCUGCCAUGCAGGCUAAGCCUAGGCUGAAUUCCCAACGCGGUUGAGUUGUUCUUGCAACGCGGUUAAAUUGUCUCACGCUCUGAGUUGACAUUUCAGCUGGAACCAGGAGGAAAUCUCUGCCCGGGCUGAAAGGAGUCGCGAAAUAGAGCAAUUUCGCUUCUUUCAAGCAUUUAAAAUGUUUUUAUGUCCAUUACUUGACUUUAAUUUCACGAUUUCAUUUUCCAACAGAUAUAUGGGGCACGGAAAUGGCCGUGAAUUUCUUAAAGGAGACGAAAUAACGAGAUUGUAUUGUCAAGCUGUUGCUUUAAUCAUGGGAUGUAGUAGUGGGAAACUGAUUGUGAGUGCCCUAUAUAUACAACAUAUACUCUUAUUUAUAGUCUGUCAACAUGAUGGUCUGGAAGCUUGGCAAACUUCAAAGCUACAAAAUAGAAGACCUUAUGUAUAGUGUUGAAUUGUACCUCGCCGUACACAAAUCCUUUGUCUCAACUUGAUUAGAUAUUAUUCAUCGUGGUUCAAUCACUGUGACUGUGUACAAAAAAACAGUAAUUAAAUUAACUCAGACAAAAACACAAUGACUUCUGUUUAGUUUCCAAAACAUAUCUUGAUAAACCAUGUUUUAUUAUACAAUAUAAGUCCAUUACUCGUGCAAAUGGGCUUGAUUUAGCCUGUGUAGCAGGCGUUGCGGUCACCCUCGCUGGCUACAGUAGACUUGAUUAUGUAAAUGUAAUGAAAUGAUUUUUUUUAGGUUGAAGGUCAGUGCGACGCACGAGGAAUGGCACUUAAUUAUCUACUCUCUGGGAG